AUGCAAGAUCCUCUCAAUCAUCGAUCAGUGGGAACGAGUCGUCGCGAUGAGCGCUUUCCCGCCAUCCCCAGCCACCACCAACCUGCCAUGAUUUUCCGACCAGGCUUGAGCAACGAAUCGACGCCUUCAACUGUUGUUCGAUUGAUUGUAUCGACCGUUGACUGCUUGGAUAUACACGACGGCUUCGACUGGAAAAGAGCUACGAUUGCUUAUCGACGACUGCGACAAGACCCAAAACGACAGACGACCAAUCGACAGCACCACGAGCUGCACAAGGCAAUACGCAGCCCAAUCACAUCGAACGACUUCCGAUCCAUACCGACAGUACCUUACAACUCCAACCUCGAGCACAAGUUGAACUCAUCGCCAUCACAAACCCUCCAACUCCACGACACAAGAUCGUCCAAAGCUGCUCAACCACACCACCAACGACAAGACGAAAUGAAAGGCAACAUCGUCAUCGCCAUUAUAAUCAUCAUCCUCUUCCUCGUUCUGGGUUUGAUCGGAUUCGGAAUCUACUGGGCACAGACACGAGUCGGCGGAGCCAGAGGAGGCAGUAGUACGGGUACGGGAACUUCAGAGGAAGCUUGA